AAGUAAAAAAUAAAAAGGAGAAAUGGAGGGAGAGGGAGGAGGAUGCAGUUUGCCUUUCCUUAUCAAACACACCCCUCUGUACCUCAUCUCCACAGGGGGAGAAGCAUUUUUCUUUUUCUUUCUUUGCUUUCCUUGUCCUUCAAGCACUUUUUUUUUAUUUCCCUGCAUAUAAUAUCCUGUUAUUUCACGUCUUCUACUUGGUUAAUUCAGAUUACUAUCUUCACAGGAUCAUUAUGCCUUUUGGGUUGGUCUCAGCAUGGAACAAGAGGCGGAGAAGCAAGUCUGAGGAUCAUGUUGAUCCUUGGAUAUAUAAGCCUGUAGAAUUCUGGCAACUUGAAGUUCAGAAUUCUCCUGGGAAAAGAAGACAUGGGUCUUCAGUGUUCACGCUCAAGGAAAUGGAGGAAGCAACAUGUUCGUUCAGUGAAGAGAAUUUGGUUGGGAAAGGAGGAUUCGGGCGGGUUUACAAAGGAACCCUGAAGUCAGGAGAGGUUGUGGCAAUCAAGAAAAUGGAGCUGCCACCAUUUAAAGCAGCUGAAGGUGAACGGGAAUUCCGUGUGGAAGUUGAUAUCCUGAGCAGAUUGGACCACCCAAAUCUUGUAGCUCUAAUUGGUUAUUGUGCAGAUGGGAAACAUCGAUUCGUAGUCUAUGAAUUUAUGCACAAUGGGAACCUACAAGAUCACUUAAAUGGAAUAAGUGAACUGAAAAUGGACUGGCCUUCGAGGCUCAAAGUAGCACUUGGAGCUGCAAGGGGACUUGCUUAUCUCCAUUCUAGUUCUGCUGUUGGGAUUCCUAUUGUUCAUAGAGAUUUCAAAUCUUCCAAUAUACUUUUAAGUGCAGAUUUUGAAGCAAAGAUCUCUGAUUUUGGUCUCGCCAAAUUGAUGCCUGAGGGCCAAGAGGUGUUUGUAACCACAAGGGUGCUUGGCACGUUUGGUUAUUUUGAUCCUGAGUAUACAUCGACAGGGAAGCUCACUUUACAAAGUGAUGUUUAUGCAUUUGGAGUUGUUCUUCUGGAAUUGUUGACCGGACGCAGAGCUGUUGAAUUGAAUCAGGGGUCCACAGAUCAAAACUUAGUAUUACAGGUUAGGCACAUAUUGAAUGAUCGAAAGAAGCUGCGUAAGGUGAUAGACCCAGAGAUUUCUCGGAAUUCAUACACCAUGGAUUCAAUUGCCAUGUUUGCCAACCUGGCAUCUCGAUGCGUCCGUGCUGAGAGUUGUGAGAGACCCUCAAUGACAGAAUGCGUAAAGGAACUACAACAGAUUUCCACUACUAAUGCUAAAGGCUUAGGCUUGGGUAUACGCUCAUUCAAAUGGUCUGAAAACUGAGCUAUGUUUCCAGACAGUGAAAGCUGCUCGAAUCAAACAAAAAUGUAAUUUAUUUUCUUUCAUUUAGAGGUAGGUUAUUGAAAUAUUUGGAGUUUAUGAAUAUCAAGAGGCUCAAUACUGUAAUGUCAGUGUAUUUUGAUAGAAUAGAAAAAGAAAAAAAAAGUACUUCAGAGAAUUUAUUCAGGUCUGAAGAAGCCAAGAAAGCAGAGUUAGAGCUCAAUAAUCAAUUGAGGCCUCAGUGUGUAUGUGUGUGUGUGUUUUUUCAGGAACACCUUUAAGACUAUAAGGACAUUUACUUGGUUAUUCCAA